UGAAAAACAUUAUUUAUUUUAAAACUCUUUCUUCGUUUUUGCGCUUGGGCAUAUUGAAUAAUUUUUUAAAAAGGCAAGAGCGUACAAAUUAAAAUCCAGGAUUGGGCUGAGGAUGCAAGAAAACGUACUCGAUAGUUCCAAUAUAAUUUCGUAACCAUGCCAUUUAAUAGGAACAAAAUUAUCUGCAAAAGUUCGCAUGCCCAUUGUAGAUCGAAAAUUAUAUAAUAAGUGCUUGUUAUCGGAAGUGGAAUUUAAUUGGACAUUUAAAAAUUGAAAAAUGUUUCACUGGAAACCUAAAAACUUAUAUUAUUCUUUUAAAUGCCAACAAAUGUUAUUUUAUUAAAAAAAAUAACACGCUUAUUAGCACACUGUGUUUUUUGCGUGGUUGUUAUAUGUCAAGCAUCCAUAAUUAGUUGUGAUUAAAUGAACUAAGAUAAAAUGUGAGGCUAUUUAGGACGUUACUUGUUAUGGAAAAGAAUACUUGAAAAAGGCAGGCUGGUUAUGAGGCAGAGUAAUAUUACGGUAGCAUGUAAAAGUAAUUCGAGAAAAAAAUAGUACACAAAAACCAUAUAGACUAUCGCAGACGAGGUUUACGGUAAGUCACUCCAAAAUUUUUACACUCAUGCAAGAUAGUAAAGUCCAGCCUAGAGGACAUUUUCGUGUAUUUUAAAGGUACAGAAAUACAGUGAAAGAGCUCUCUUACUUGUUGUUGAAAAUGGUUCUGUUAUUUUCUUAUUUUUGGGUAAUUGUUAGUCAAGUUGUUCGAUUGGCGACGGCAAUUAAUGCAUUUGCUCCAGCUAAUGCGGUCUUCAAUACUGGUCGCGAAAAAGUAUCGCGCCGCUUCUCUCAUAUGUCUUAGAAAGGCAUAGCCUUGUUCACUGUCACUCAUCUAAUAUCUCGAUGGAUUUGUAUAGAUUUUUACGCCAGGUUUAGCCAUUUGGAAUAAUCAGAAAAGCUUAAUAUAAGUCUGCUUUUUAAAAGCUAAAUUUAAAAAAAAAUUUUAAUAAACUCACCGAUAAACCUAAUCUGCAACCAUAAGUUCGACAUUUGCAAUAAGAUUCUUAUUAAAAUUACAUUUUUUAUCUUCUUAAAAUUACAUCUUAGGCUGAAGUUCCCUACUAGAUCACAUAUUUCCAUUUGCACUACAACAACUGAAAGAACCUGUCGAUAAAUCUAAUGAAAUUAAUUAUGCUUGUACCGAUGAUAGAUUUUUCGUCAACUUGCUUUGAUGAUCUCUGCCCGGCUAAACAGUGCGUGUCAUUGGCAGUUCUCAAGUAAAUGAAAUAUACCGCAAAAGCAUUGAAAAGUUAGUUACAACAUAAGCAAAUACAAAUCGCAUUUUGUAUCACGCUAUAGAACGUACGGGGUGAUCAUUUCUGUAUGCUCGACGGCGCUUUUGUUAAAUCGUAAACAAGAAUGCGUUCAUCCCGCUCACUUUGAGAAAAGACGAUCUUCUCAAGCGUACGCCAAUCGUUGGCAUAACUCUUUUCGCCCCUUGACUAACUAAUAGGAAGUUUCAGAUGCUAUCACAUCUCUCACCAUUUAUACUUUCUAUAUUAUUAAUUAAUACGUGUAUAGACAAGUGAUUUUCAAAGAUCAACGCAAGUGUCGACAAAAAUUAACGAAAUGGUCGACAUUCGUAGUAAAGCGCUUGAGGUACUGCGCUAUCUACCAAGGGUGUCUUUGAUGAACGUACGCGAUGUGCCGCAUAGUAACUGGGUGAAAAAGAAGCGUAUUAUGGGUUUUCGCCGCGAAAAACUCUGGCCCCAGAAAGGAUCAAAGCAACGAAUGAGUUUUUCUAAGUUGGGUUUUGAAGGCGGUCAGAUCCCAUUUCACGUCAAAGUUCCUCAGGAGCCGUAUAAUGAGAACUGGGAUAUACGACGACAUUACCCACCAUUGUCUUUGGGUCAGCUCCAGAUGAUGGUAGAUACCAGGAGAAUAGAUCCUUUGCAACCGAUUGAUUUAACUAUAAUAUGCAAUACGUUUCUAUUUAAGAUCAGCCCUAAAGACAGACAGUUCGGAUUUCAUCUCACCGCUGAAGGUAUCGACAAGUUUAAAGCAAAACUGAAUAUAGAAGUACAGUAUGCUAAGGAGCCAGUCAUUGCAGCAGUCGAGCGUAACGGUGGCGUUAUCACAACAGCAUUCUAUGAUAUUUUUGCUGUAGAGGCUAAAAUAGACCCCGAGAGUUUCCUUAAAAAAGGCAUUCCUAUGCUACGUCGCGAACUCCCGCCGUCAGACGCCUUUGAAUACUACUCUAACCCAGCAAACAGAGGGUAUCUGGCUGACCCGAAGCUAAUUGCUGAAGAGAGAUUGAAGCUAGCACAAAAAUACGGUUAUGAGCUACCAGACCUCCGCAAAGAUCCCAAUUUCAAGAUGCUUUCGUACCGAAAAGAUGCACGUCAAAUCUUUGAUGGCCUGAGGCCGGGGUGGCUUGUGAACCUCAAGGACAAAACGAUCCUGAAGCCAACUGACCCUGACCACAUUAGAUACUACGAAUCGUAGGCACAAGAACAAUAUUACCAUAACAGAAAGUGGUGAAAAGAACUAUUGCCGGUGGCUCAUUAAGGUGGAAGUAUAUCAAAAGAGCGUAUUCAGCAAAUAAACUUUUAUGCAGUCCUUUAUAGGUCGUAUAAUCGAGUCUAAUUUUUUUACAAACACUAACUCGUGCCGUAAUAAGUGUGAAGAACUGAAUUUGAUAGACUAAUAGUAAUAGUUGCUAUAAAUUAGAGGUGCUUUUGACCUUAGAUCAAGGGUGACUGAUUUUAGCGAUAUAAUAAGAAAAUGGUUAUGCAUUAUGUAACACGUGUCGCUGCAAACUGGCCUUGCAAUUGCAAGUCAUCCUUUUUCACGACAAUUCUAGUAAAAAAAUAGUUCAAACCACUAAGUUUAUCCAAGAUGUUCUCUCGCACUGAUCGUAUUUCAUCCAGAUCUCGCAUUGUUAAACUACUAUUUUUUCUGAUAACUGACAAAUUCAGUAAGCGGUCAUGAUAACGUAGCGCUAAGGUGAUUUUCUUCAGAGACACGUUAGAUAACGUAGGCUCGACACCAAGCGUAGAUACAUUUCCUUUUAUGUUAGAAGAGGCCAGUUGUUCGAAGUAAUGCAUAGCCGGACCAUCGGAAGUAAAAUUCAACGUUUAACUGAUAAUGUUUUUUCUUAAGCUUCCGGCGGACUUUCAAUCUGUACAUUUUGUAUAUCGAACAACUUCAUUAUGAACCAUGAAGUAUUACUAUAGGGAUCGUUACACUGCCAAGUCCUUCUAUAUAAAACAAAAUUCAUUGCUUAAGUCUGAGCGAAAUAAUGU